GUUACUACUUGUGUCCUUGGGCCUAUCUUGCCUAUGUACAAAUGUGCUGAUAAGAUGUGUGAUUGGUGGUGAUUGAAGGGGCUUAAUGGGAAUGAAAGGGGACUGAUAAGAGAUUUUGCUUGUGUGAAAUUAGGAUAGAUUAAUAAUUAGAAAAAUACAAUGUUUCGCAUCCUGCAGUGCAGAGAGAGACUCAUGAGGACACCUUCUGAAGUUCCAUUGUCCGUGCCACCUUUCCCUGGUCCCUCUCUCCUCUGCUUUAUCUCAGACUCCCAGAGCAGAAGUAUGGCAAACAUAUCCUUCCAUAGUUUUGUAUCCAACAAGGACACAAUAUUCCUAUUUUGGUAGUGUGUUUUCCAGGUCAUAGCGAUGUGGAUGUGGAUGUGGGAGGAUCAAAUCAAGGGGCUUGGUCCAUUUAAGACAAACCAUUGAGGAAGACUGACCACAAAAGAGCACGAUUACAUUCACCACGAUGGCCUACUAUGCUGUGUUGAUACUGGGGUGGACCAGUGUGUGCGCAUCUCUCCAAGUAUCUCACCAUGAUGGCAAUACUGAAGUAAAAGAAGAAAUCAAAGAUACCACAAACAUCCUAUCUCCCAACUCUGCAUCUUCAGUUACCCCUCAAAAUGCACCAUGCUUUGUGGGUGACAUCUUUGCAACACUGCGUGAAAGUUUGGAGGAAAAUUAUGAACUAAGAAGUGACAGUUUGGCCCAUUUUGCAGUCUGCACAAGUAAUUCCUUUAUGUUUAUGCAGCUGACGAAGGACGCAAGCAAUGAAGACUUGAGUGUACUGAAUCCAACUGAAGUGCUGCUGCGAGUGGAAGAAGACAAGAGAGAGCUCAUUUUGACCUUUGGUCCUAUACAACGUCCUCAACCAAUACUGAACCCGAUAUUGCUUCUGCCCUUUGAAAGCAUCUUCAAAAUGUCAGAGAUUAGUUUUACCAGUCCACAUUUAAAUCCAAACACACAGACUCCCUGCAUCUCAGAAGAGUCUAAAUACAUACUCCUCACAGUAAAAGAUGGGCAUUUUCCACCAACAUGGAACAUUAAAAUACAAAAAAUCUCCACUGACACAAAGCAAGAUCUUUUGGACGGUGGAGACAUAAGUAGCACAAUCAGCAUCUUCGCACUUCUUCUUUUCUCAGCUCAAAAAGGAACUGAUACCAGACCUCCAAAUAACAAUGAUUUGUCCCACAACUCAUUCCUCUGUGAGCUGAGACAUUUCCUGGUGCAAUCUUCUCCCCAAGAUCAUGAUGCCCCACUUCUGAACCUGGAGCUGCUGCAGUCCUUGCCCUCUCAGCCUAUUGGCCUGUCCACCAGUGAGUCUCUCCUGGCGGACCUCAUCAACUCAUCUUCCCCCACCAUUCUGUCCUUCAACCAGGGCUCCAUGCUCCAUGCACACCACGAGGAGUUAGCCUUAUCCCCCGCCCUGCUGGAAGAGCUCAGGCAGAGGCUGGAGCAAACACUGGGAGAUGUGAUGGAGGUGAUGAAGGACAAGGAGGACAGCAGAGCAAGAGGAAGACUGGAGAGACUCAAGCAGCUCUCUGGAUUUCCAUUCGCCGAUCAUGUAGAAGGUAAGCUUCAGUACCGUGCAUUUCUGCUCUUCAAGGCCUUGCAGAUGGCGAGACGUGCUUUCAAUCCACCCAGAGGGCAGCGGUCCACCCGAGCAAAUCCAGCCACCCACUCAGUCUGUGGGCUGAAGAGUCUCACUGUGUCCCUGGAGCGGUACCUCAUUGGUCCCAGCACUGCCACUAUAAACAACUGCCAGGGCUCAUGCGCCUUCCCCAUGAGCCGGACCAACAACCACGCCGUGCUGCUCAACUCCCACAUUGAGAGCGGGAACACCAACGAGCGGGCACCCUGCUGCGUCCCUGUGGCCUACGACAAAAUGGAGGUUGUGGACCUGGGGGAAUUGGGGACUUCCCUCAAAAUUGAACCAGACAUGGUGGCUACAGAUUGUGAAUGCCGCUAA